CGCCACCGACGCCUCGUUCGCGCGGCCCACCUGGCCCAGUCCUGAAGGGGCGGGCAGGUGAGGGCCUUGAUACUCUGAGACCUCCUCACCUCUCCCCCGGGUUCUGACCGUGCGAGAUCCGAUUCCAGAGCUGCCAUGAUUGAAGUGGUAGCUGAGCUGAGCCGGGGUCCCGUAUUUCUGGCGGGGGAGGCGCUGGAGUGUGUAGUGACGGUCACCAACCCUCUGCCCCCUACGGCCACUUCUGCAUCCAGUGAGGCUCUGGCCUGGGCCAGUGCCCAGAUCCACUGCCAGUUCCAUGCCAGCGAGAGUCGUGUAGCACUGCCCCCCCCUGACUCUAAUCAGCCAGAUGUCCAGCCUGACAGCCAGACUGUCUUUCUGCCACACCGAGGUGAGAGGGGUCAGUGUAUUCUUUCUACUCCACCAAAAAUUCUGUUUUGUGACCUGAGGCUAGACCCUGGAGAAUCCAAAUCAUACUCCUACAGUGAAGUGCUGCCCAUAGAGGGACCACCCUCCUUUCGGGGUCAGUCAGUCAAGUAUGUCUACAAACUGACCAUUGGCUGCCAGCGUGUCAACUCACCCAUCACUUUACUCAGGGUCCCUUUGAGGGUUCUUGUGCUGACUGGCCUUCAGGAUGUCCGCUUUCCCCAGGAUGAGGCUGUAGCCCCAUCCAGUCCGUUCUUGGAGGAGGAUGAAGGUGGGAAGAAGGACUCUUGGCUAGCUGAGCUGGCUGGGGAGCGCCUCAUGGCUGCCACAUCCUGCCGCAGCCUCCAUCUAUAUAAUAUCAGUGAUGGCCGAGGGAAAGUUGGGACAUUUGGCAUCUUCAAAUCUGUGUACAGACUCGGCGAGGACGUGGUGGGGACCUUAAACUUAGGGGAAGGAACUGUAGCUUGUUUGCAGUUUUCAGUAAGCUUGCAGACUGAGGAACGUGUACAGCCUGAAUAUCAGCGGCGCCGUGGGGCAGGGGGUGCCCCCUCUGUUUCCCAUGUGACUCAUGCCCGGCACCAGGAGUCUUGCCUACACACAACCAGAACCAGCUUCUCUCUCCCCAUCCCUCUCAGUUCUACCCCAGGCUUCUGCACUGCCAUUGUGUCCCUGAAGUGGCGAUUGCAUUUUGAAUUCGUAACAUCUGGAGAACCAGAAUUGGCACUCCUGCCCCCUAUGGAACAGCCUGAAACUGCCACCUGGACAGGCCCUGAGCAAGUGCCAGUAGAUACCUUCAGCUGGGACCUCCCCAUCAAGGUGCUGCCUACAAGUCCCACCCUGGCCUCAUAUGCUGCCCUAGGCCCCAGCACCAGCACCAUAACCAUCUGAAACUGGCCCACCUGCCCACUGUGGCAGUAGGUUCUUCAGAUACUGAGAACUCAGCACCUGGACUCUACUGGGGCCCACUUUUCCUACCUGGGGCCCAAUGGCAAAGACAAUGAGAGGCUGGCUUUCUGCUAUAGCAUUUAUUUAUUCAGAAUAAAUUGGCAGCUGCUAGUGGUUUCCCUGGAAGUGGCAGCAGCAGUGAGCAGUCAGCAGAUGGAUGAUCAGUUGAGUUUAGCUGGAGUGGGGAGCAGGAGCCCCAGAAACAGGGGUGUUAGCUGAGCCCCACUCUAGGUCAGACCCCCUUCCUUUGCAGGGCAGCCGAGGGUCAGAUUUUUGCACCAGGGAAAAUUGGCAGGUUCCUGCCUCCUGAUGAAUCUCACACUCAGCAGGGAAGUCGAUGGGAUGCUGAGAUCUGGGGAAUCAAGCAUGGGGAAAGAGCACAAUGAAAAGCCACCUUUAUGGCUCCCCAUUCCCUCUCAUAGCCAUCCUUCUAUAUCCUCCUUUAGUGUCACCUGGUUCUCCUAACUCAGCCCCCAUAUAAGGACUUUUUUGUUGUAUAGCAGAAGUAGUUUCCCUAUAGACCCACCUCAGCAUCCCUCACUUUGUGGUCUGAAGCCUUAUCUUUCUCACUCUUGUUAGUACCAGUCUCACUCUCUGGCCAGUCUCAUCUACUCUUCUGUUCAUUCUUACUUCACAGCAACUUAGUCACUCCCUGGCCAUCCCCCAGUUACACACAUCACAGGCAUUCCGUCGGGACGUUCAUGGUAACUCACGUGUCACAGCAGCCCACACCGACGGGAUGCAGACAGGUGCAAUGGAAACAGUCCUUGCGGAGCCAAGACUCACCCAGGGUGAAAUAUUUCCCCUCAUAGUGACAGGGGGCUAGGAAGGAUGAGAAAUGUUAGUGGGUAUAGAAGUGGUGGCAGCAAUCUCUUCUAGUCUGGGGUGGGAGAGAGUCAGUGUACACUAAUCCCCAUAUGUAGUGUUUCCUAUUUCAUGGCUGGAGGGAAUCUGGAUAUUCUGACCCAGGGUUACUCUGAGCCCUUGCCCCGAUCCUCUUCCUUUCCUAACACCUGAUCCCACUUUACCUUGAGCUUGGAAGUAG